AUUUCUGAAUUGUUUUGAGAUGGUUUUUCUCGCUCACCAUAUUUUAUCGCUGAAUUACCGAUCAGCUGUACUAUGAAAUGAUGUCGUCGAACUUGUGCUUGCAAUCUUCUACAAGCUUAGCUUCAAAAAGAAAAAUCUUCUACAUGUCUUUCUUACACUGUGCUGAUCGACCAAGACAUAUAAAACGGAUGCACAGCAUUUCAGUAGAUGAUUAAAAACGAUGCACUUUUGUGUUGAGAUCAGAACAUCUGGAAUUUCUCUGAAUUGCCUUGUGAUGAUUCACGGCGUGCACUCUACAGUGAACAUCUCAGAACUGACUUGAGCUAUACGUUUCUGACCUGCAGGUUUCUGGAGUGGUGAGCAUCUCAGAAUGAACAGACAGGAUGUUACGACAGUAGGCCCAUUUGGGAAUUCAGUCUUCGAAUAUUUUUAAAGAGAUUAAGGACCCUGACAAGGGCACAGUCUCGAUGCAUAUGUUGCUGCAAACGAGCUGCUCCUCCAUCACUCUUCCUCACCGACACUCCAUCCCCUGUCUCCCCUCUGCCCCAUGCCUCUUCUGCACUGACACUCCAUUCCUUUCUUCCAUCUUCCUCAUCCACAUUUCUUCUCCUAUAUAUGUCCUUCAAUUUCCUUCUUCCAACUUGGCAACUUGCCAACUUGUACAUAUUCACCCCGAGGCAGCUGCGGCAGGGGCAGGAAGGAGUGCAUCCUUGGGCUCGGGCACGGCGAAGACAGAGAGGCGUACAUCUUCCACCUCAGACGAGUGCGUGGUGACAGCGACCAGCAUGUCAUCGUCGUGGUUUGAAGAUCUCUUUGCAGAUGACAGAGUGAGGACCCUAUCGCACCAGGUCUCCACACUUCAGGAUAGGGUGUGGGAGUUGGAGCACAAGAACACCCAGCUGCUUGGUGACAAGGGUAAACUGGAGAAGCAAUUGGAGGAGACAAAGGCAGCGGCUCGGGCCAUCACAAGCCAGAAGGAAGAUGUGGAGAGGAGCUUGAAGGGUGAAAAUGACAAGCUUCGGUCGGAGCUUUUGACUACAGAGGAAAAGUAUAGCCAAUCUGAAGUAGAGGUCGAGAAGCUCAAGAAGGAAUUAUGUGCAUUGGUGGAGACAAAUGAGGCAGCUAUGAAGGCAUUUGAUGCUGAGAAGGCAGAGAUGAUUCUCGAAGCCGAGGAGCUUAGGAGGAGGGUGGAGGAUCUCCAAUCCCAUAAGGAUUUGAUGGAGGGUGAAAUUGAAAAGCUUCAGUCAGAGGUUAUUACUGCAAAUAAAAAACAUAACCUAUCUGAAGCCGAGGUUGAGAGGCUCGAUAUGGAAUUGAGUGCAUUGAUGAAGGCGAAGGAGGCGGAUGUAAAGGCAUUCGAUGCUCACAAUGCAGAAAGCAUGAAGGAAUUGGAGGAUCUUAAAAGGAAGUUGGACGAAAUCCAAACAAAUAAGGAUUUAGUUGAGGGUAUAAAUGAUAAGCUUCAAAAGGAGAUAUUAAUGGUAGAGGAGAAAUAUAGCCAAUCUGAAGCAGAGGUUAAGUGCCUCAAGCAUAUCUUGGCCGCAUUGGUGGAGACAAAGGAAGCCGCUGCAAAGGCAUUUGAUGCUGAGAAGGUAGAAAUCAUGAAGGAAUUAGACAAUCUUAAGAGAAAAAUAGAAGAAAUCCAAGCUAUGAAGGAUUUGAUGGAAAGUGAAAAUGACGAGCUUCGGUCAGAGAUUUUGGCUGCGAAGCAUAAACAUAGUCUGUUUGAAGCAGAAGUUAAGAGCCUCAAGAUGGAAUUGGAUGCACUAGAGGUAGCAAAGGAUGCUGCUGCGGAGGCAUUUGAUGUUGAGAAGGCAGAUAUCCUAAAGGAACUGGGUGAUCUUAAGAGGAAGGUGGAGGAAGUUCAGACCAGCAAGGAUUUGGUGGAGGGUGAAAAUGAUAAGCUUCGGUUGGAGAUUUUGACUGCAAUGCAGAAACAAAGCAUGUCUGAAGCAGAAGCUAACAACCUCAAGGUGGAAUUGGGUGCGUUAGUGGAGGCGAAGGAGGCAGCUGCAAAGGCAUCUGAUGCCGAGAAAGCAAAACUCAUGAAAGAAUUGGAGGGUCUUAAUAAGAAGGUGGAGGAAAUCCAGACCAAGAAGGAUUUGGUUGAGGGCGAAAAGGAUAAGCUUCGGCUGGAGAUUUUAAUAGCAGAACAGAAACAUAGCAUGUCCCAGUUAGAGGUUAAAAGGCUCAAGAUGGAAUUGGUUGCAUUAGCAGAGGAGAAGGAGACAGUAGUGAGGUCAUUUGAUGCUGAGAAGGCAAAAUUCAUGAAAGAAUCAGAGGACCUCAAGAGGAGGAUAGAAGGAAUCCAAGUCAUCAAGGAAGCGGCCGAGGAAGCAUGGCGUGACAAGGAUGCUGAGGUCAAUAGGCUGAGGGCUGAGUUGGUGAACAUCCGUGUUUCUAUGUCACAGCUGCAAGCAUCCUAUGACGGACUUGAUGCCAAGCAUUCAAGCCUGAAUGAUGAGAAAGAUUCAGUGCAGAAAGCAUUAGAAGCUGAGAAGGUUGAAGCAUGCAAGCUAAAGUCAAAAAUUCAGGAACUUGAGAAUCGCAAUGCUGAAAGGGAUGGUGAGACUGAGAAACUGAAGGCAGCACUGGAGGAAAAAAAGAGUGAGAUCGAAGCCAUGAGCAAGGACAUUGAGCAGCUGCAUCUCGCGGUUGCUGAGGCGCAGGAGAAGAACAAGGGUAGCAUUUUAUCAUGCUUAUCAUCGUGCCGCCCGAAAUGAUUAGGUUGGCAUGUCUCGCGUUACUAAUGUAAUGGUGCUGAGUUGGUACUAUGCAAGGAAAUAAAACUUUUCAUAUAUGACGAUCAUAUUUUUGUUCA